GUCAUCCAAAUUGAGUGUAAUUGAAGCUUUUAGAUUUAUGUAGAUAUAGUGAGUAUUAAUUACGUAUUACUCGCAAUUAAAAAGGAUGAAUAAUGGCAGCCCAAAAAAAAAGCAACAUACGAUAAAUCCAAAUGGUGGGAAUGUACGGAGAAAGGGAUUUGCGUUGGAAGGCGAGGGUGAAGAGAAUCGGACGGCUGAGAAUUGGCGAACGGCGUCGUAUCAACGGACUGGAAGAGCUUGGGAAAGGAGAUAGUGGCGGCACGCAGACUAGUGGAGGAGGACGCCGCCGGGAGAGAUCUGAGAUUCCAGUAGUCCAAUCUGAGAUUGCAGUUCAGAUCGUGCCGCCGUCAGCCGCUGAUUCGUCCAGGUGCCGUCGUAGAGGAGUCGUCACUCAACCGGCCGUCGCUGAAGGAGCAAUGCGUCUGUUGAGCGAGACCGCCGCCGCCGACGAGAGGAGUCGUUGGGUCGGGAUCUGUCGCUGUCGUGGAGGAAUCGCCGCCGCGUCGCCAUCUCGAUCGCCGCCUCCGAUAGCCGCGCGCAGAAGGAGCCGCCGCCGCUACCGUCUUCAGUUGCAGAGCCGCCGGGUUGAGAAGUCGCCGCGGCAGGAGCGAACACCAGGGGUCGCCAACGCCGUCCGAGACACCGCCGCCGCCGGGUUGAGAAGUCGCCGCGCAGACGCAGCAGGACCGCUGCCAUCUUCUCCUUCUUGCCCAAUUGAAGCUGCCGAUCGAAGGGGCUGUUUUUUUUUUGAGAGAACCAGUAUUCCAGCUGUUGGAACAUCUCCAGAAAAUUUCUUGCUGAGUAUGGAGAGUGUUUGUUCUCAAGAUGUUCCAGGAUCCGGCAGUGUGCGUCUGCAGUGGGAGCCGGUAGGGACCGAGGACGAGUCAGGGGCAGAUUUUGCCGUGACUGAUGUGUUGGAGCUUGGGAGAGCUUCAACGGGCCUUUCAGUUGUCUGAUGUUAGGGCCGCUGCAAUAGGAGAGCUGAGGAAGAUUACUCGAUGUACAUGGAAUCGUGGUGGAUGGCAGUUGUUGACUAUCAAGCCUCCAAGUGGGAGAAUGUUGGGUUUGUGGAGGCUUGGGCUUGACUUUUGGCCCGGCCCAUUUUACGAAACCCUAGAUGCACUCUUCCUAUAUAUAUUGCAUUCUUGUACUUGUAAUC